CGAAACCCUUUCAUCGUAACAACGAUCACGAUGCACAACCCGACCUGACAAGUCGAACAACCAGAGACCACAUGAUGAUGAGAAUGAAAUGAGGAUUUGACAUGUACGGAGACUCUGACAGAAGGAAUGCAAUUACAUCAGAGAGAGGAACUGGAAUGUCUUUAAAAUCAGGCUGAAGGAAUGGAAUCAUGACUGGAACUUGACUUAUUAUUUAAUAAAAUCUAUAUCACAACACAAAAAUGGUAUCAGUGAAAGGCAUAACCUCUAAAACCAAACAGCUGGAGAAACUGAAGUUCCUCUCAACAGUCAUACUGAUAGUGGCUCUAGGACUGGGACUGUACACCCAAUGGCAAGUGACAGAAAACACAGCCAUUUUGAUUAUCUCCCUUGUGGGCCUGUUAGUAUUUGGCAUUUCCUGUGCCCUACAGUUCUACUUUCACUAUCCGUAUAUAGGACAGGUGUUGUUCCAUAUUUGGCUUGGAUGCAUUCUGGGAAUUAUAAUUUUCUCAGAGGAGAAGGAGAUCCAGUAUAUGAUGCUACAGGAAGUAAUGAAUAUUCUGUUUAUUACCAGUUUGUGUGUUCACUGUUUCUGGACUGUGCUACAGCGGGUACUGAGGCUGCACAAUCACACCCCAUCGCUGUGUUCAAAAGAAGAGGUCCUGGAAGGGAUAGGGUUUGCCAUUUCUACCUUGAUCACAGGGAACGAUGCUAUUGCUAUCUCUCUUAUGAUGAUAGCAGUUUCAUGUAAUUUAGUUGCCAUAAGGCUGAAGUCCUAUCUAGGUUUGUUGAACUUUAUAGGACUUGUGUGUCUAGCUUGCUUUGUGUUUUAUAAUGAUUUGAACAUCUCUGUUAAUGUAUAUGGCUUAGCCUGUUUUGUGGGUCGACAUGCAUUUGAGCCAAUCAUUGACUUGUAUUUCUCAGGAUUGUCGACCUUAGAGAGGUGGGAAUCUUUCUUUAAACUGCCCAGAUUCUGGAGGCAUAUAAUUGUUUUAUUUAUGUUUUUACUCAACUUAGUAACAGGAGGGAUUGUGGGACAGUUAUCUGGUAAUCAUAAGGAGUGGUUCAUUGUUGUGCCCUUGUUUAUUUUAUUUGCCAUACUAUGGCUCUGCUUUCAUUUCUUGUCUUUCAUCACUUGCUGGAAACUCAUGAGUAAAAUCUCGGACUGCAACCUCACAUUCGCCAGUCUUCCAGAUGAAAACAAAAACAUGAACCAAAUCAUGGCUUCCAAAGGUGUUCGACAUUUCAGCUUGAUCUCUCAGCGAUUGGUGUGCAUCACCUUGGCAACAACUGUAAUAUUGAUGGGCAUAGGGUGGACAACCAGAACUGCCUAUAGCCUCAGCCUCAUUUCUAUUUUGCUGCCCAUUGAAUGUGCAACCCUAAGUCUAUUUUGGGAGCUAGGGGCCUUUCUAGGGGGAACUGUGACAGGGUAUGCAAUUAUUGCUCCAAACACUGGACAUAGAAUGAACACUGGUGCCACUUUACUUUCUGGUGCCUUGGUCCAGGAUAUUGGAAGUAGAGCUACAGCCUCCCUCAACAAAAUGAACCAGUUUUUCUCCCAUCACAUGAUUGACUGCUAUGGCUGUGACUUCUCUACUAGUGGCAUCUCUCUUGACAAUCUAGAAAGCAAGGUCAAAGCAUUCUUUGAUCGCAGGACAAGUGAUGGUCCUCAGUUUGAUACCUAUAUUAUAUACUUUUCUGGAGAUACAUACGAUACAGGAGACUGGGCUUUAACAGAUGGCCGGUCUCUCAGCAUUCAGACAUUGCUUGACUGGUGGUCAAGUAAGAAGCGAGAUUCUGGUUCCCGCCUCAUCCUCAUCAUGGAUACAGAAAACUCAUAUUUGUGGAUGAGUUCUAUAAGAAGGGUAUAUGAUGAUUAUGUUGCCAUUCAGACCUGCAGAUACAACAAAACAAAGGAUCCAGAAUCGGAUUUAGCCAAGGUUGGCCGUUUUACUGAAGACUUUGUAAGUUAUAACUUAGGAGAGGAACUGGCUCAGAAUUGGAGUGACAAGGAUAGAAAUGUGCGAGCCCUUUAUCAAGUGUCCAGGUGUUGGACAGAUUUCACAUUCCAUCUACCGACCACGGAGGAAAUUAAUAAUCACUGGGAUACAAGUUUUCCUAAACUCUUAAAGCCCCUGGUGAGGGCGGUGAACUUUGGUGGGAUUGGAAAUCCCUGCUUUUGUGUUGGGUGUGUACUGAGAUGUCUGAAGAGGAAGAAAAUGAAAUGGCUGCCCCCUAAAGAAUUGAAUACUGGUCAUAGUUUUAAACUUGUCAAAUCAUAGAUGUUAUAGGCAGUUUUAAUUUUUUUUUUUUAUGCUUGUCCUCUGAAGAAUUGAAUGGUCUUAGUUUUAAACUUGACCAUUUAAAAUAUAGACAGUUCUUAUUUAUUUAUUUUUUAUGAAACGGUUUCCCCUGCAGAAUUGAAUAUUGGUCACAGUUUAAAACUUAUCCAAUCAUAAAUGAAAGCAAUUUAGAUUUAUUUAAUAUUUAUUAAUUUUUUUUAUCAUGCAUUUUGAGAAAAAGAUGUUUAGUCUUGCACAUUUUCAACCAAUGCAUCAUAUUUCUGGACAUCAAUGU